CCAAUGCAACACCGCAUAACCAAAUUACACAUACAACAUCUCUCAGAUUUGCUCUUGACAAAACACAACCCUAAAAAGAAAAAAACACAUCCAUGGCGAAAGUACCAGAGCAGGAGCACCCAAAACCUGCUUUUGGCUGGGCAGCUAGAGACUCUUCUGGUGUUCUUUCUCCCUUCAAAUUCUCAAGAAGGGAAACUGGAGAGAAAGACGUGAGAUUUAAGAUCUUAUAUUGUGGAAUAUGUCAUUCUGAUCUUCACAUGGUGAAGAACGAAUGGGGCACCUCUGUAUAUCCUAUUGUACCAGGGCAUGAGAUUGUGGGGCAGGUGACGGAGGUGGGAAGUAAAGUUGAAAAGUUCAAAGUUGGCGACAGAGUUGGAGUUGGGUGCGCGGUGGGAUCAUGCCGCUCCUGCGAAAGCUGUGCGGAAAAUCUGGAAAACUACUGUCCCAAAAUGAUUCUCACCUACUCUGCAACUUACUCCGACGGAACCAUCACCUACGGCGGCUACUCCGAUCACAUGGUCUGCGACGAGCACUUCGUGGUGCGCAUCCCGGACAAGCUUCCUCUCGACGGUGCCGCACCUCUCCUUUGCGCAGGAAUCACGGUGUAUAGCCCACUGAGGUUCUAUGGACUCGACAAGCCUGGCAUGCACGUGGGUGUGGUUGGGCUCGGUGGGUUAGGCCAUGUUGCUGUUAAAUUCGCCAAGGCUAUGGGGGUUAAGGUCACUGUCAUCAGUACUUCUCCCAACAAGAAGAAGGAAGCCAUUGAACGUCUUGGUGCUGACUCUUUUCUGGUCAGCCGUGACCAAGACCAGAUGCAGGUAACCUCUCAAUCUGUAUUAUUUAGUUAUAACUAAAAGUUCUUACGUGUAAUAUACACACAUCAAUCAUAAUAUAAGUUGGUA